CUUUACGCCGUGACGACGUGCCGCGGGAAAAAACGGUUACUAGAACGGUUCUGUGCGUUUGGUGUGUGUCGCUCGCUUUCUCCCUCUCAUCUUCGAAUCGUGAACCGCAGGAAGCUGCCUGCUGUCUCUGUCCCCAGUGUCCCCGGAGGGGUUAGUGUCAUCGGGAAAGGAAGGAUCCUGGCGCGCGAGUGUUGAUCCGUGGUCCGAUCCGAUGGACAGGAUGAUCCGUGAGCGGGAAUCGUGAAUCGUGCGAGUGAAUCUAUCGCGGCGGGAGGAAUUACCUCCUCGAAGCUGCUGUUAUUCGUCCUGGCAGGAAGAAGAGUGCACGGAAAAACACACAAAUACCAGUGCAGGAAGGGUUCGACGAGGCCGGAGGGACACUAGUGACCUAGUGUCUAGUGCGAUAUAGGUGGAACCGUGGAGUAUGUUGGUCGGAUGUGUGGAUAUUACGCGGGACGGAUUGACGGAUGCUGGAUUAUAACCCGAUCGCUUUUCGUAGGGAAUCUAGAAUCGUCCCGGAAAGCAGUCCCAGAGUGAAGUUUUAGUGGAAGGAAAAUUCCUCUCCCUUCGACCGAUUAAGUUAGAUUCAGUGCUUGUGCUUGUGUAAGUUGGGUGCGUGUGUGAGCAAUCUCCCUUCUUGGUGGAUGCUGUGUGGUGUGGAAAUAUGCGGAAAAGCGCUCGCUAGUAAGACGAGAAUUGCGAAAAUUUCGGAACACCAAUACACACAGCCAGUCAGCCAGUCGACGUUGGCCGGACACAGGGAAACAUAGGAUGAUGCUCGCGUGGGAUACAGUGCUGAAGAGAGGGUCCUUUUGACAUCUGGAAGGUUUUUCGCGAGGAGCGUUUUGUUUUUGGUUUGCGAAGGAAUGUUGUAGUGCUGCGUGUGUGUUGUGCCUCCAAAAAUAAUAAUAAUAACAACAACAAAUAGAAGAGCAAAGGCAUCCUUCAGUAUCCUGAAAGGUGGAUACAAGUGCUCUCGAAACGGUGAAAACGUGCAAACGCAUCCUCCCGGUUAGUGCCGGAUGCUGGCUGCAGCCUUCGGAAGCUACAUUUUCUUAACGAGAAUUCCGAUGAUGGAUUCAGUGACGGAAUGUGUGGUUUGAAGUGUUGACAGAAGGUCAGUCCCAUUGAAUACUAUCGCAAAGAGAGAGUGUGAAAAAGGGGGUGGUAGCCAAGAAGCGAUAACGAGAUGAUGCCUCGCCAGAAGCAUCUGGCGGUGAUAAUGGGAGCUCGAUAGAGAGCUUGAAGUCUGCCGCAGUGAAUACACACAGAAUUGGGGUGGAUUUCUAACCCUGGGUGGAUUAUAUCGUGGUGAAAGUCCGAAAGAUUGUGUUUUUGUGCGAACGCGGGUGGCCAGCUCCCAGUGAGAAAAUUUCCACAAUGAUGUGCUGAAAAAGAAGGAUACCUUUACAUCGGUGAAAGAAACAACGCUCAAAUUUCCUCCCUUCAAGUUUCAAGAUAUUUAUAGUUUUGUGUUUUUGCGUUACCUUACACUCUCCUGCCACCACCUGCUUGCUCAUAUUCUUUUUGCGUGUUGUGUUGUGUGAAUUCUACUUUCGAAGCGGUGUAACGCAGCCCCCAAACAAGUGGCGUCCAAAAGUGAGGCUGUCUCCGUGAAUGUGUGCGAAAAAGGUGAAACUCCAAAGGUGAAGUGUUGUGAUAGUUCUUAUUCAUCGUAACAUAGGAAUACCAAAAUGUCUCUUCAGAGGUUGCAGAUUCGGACGAUUCUAGCAGUUCUAACAGUAAUACCAGCCCUGCUCGUCAGUGGCCAGCAGCAAAAGUUUCGAGUGAUGCCUCGGGAUCUGCAGGUGCUCGAAGGAUCCGAAGCGUUGCUGCGAUGCGAAAUUCACAGUCUGGCAGGAGCGGUGCAGUGGACCAAGGAUGGAUUUGCGCUGGGGUUUUCCCAGACCAUUCCGGGCUACCCGCGCUACUCGGUGCUUGGUGACCGCGGUCUGGGCGUGUACAAUCUGCGCAUCUCGAACGCCUCCCUGGAGGAUGACGCCGAGUACCAAUGCCAGGUGGGACCGGCCAAGUUCAACUCGGCCAUCCGUGCCAACGCCAAGCUGAUUGUGAUAUCUCCACCAUCCUCAAUCGAAAUCCAGGGCUACACUCACAACUCCAAGGUGGAGGUCCGGGAAGGUCAGGACCUAACGCUCACCUGUGUGGUGGCCAACUCGAAGCCUGUAGCCCAGAUCGUUUGGUACCGGGGGAACUCCGAAUUCAAGUCCGAUUCGAUCGAAAACAAGGUUGUCCAGACCGAGGGCAAGCGGUACACGGCGACAUCCCAGCUGCGCAUCAAGCCUGGCGCGGACGAUGAUUACAUGGAGUACACCUGCCAGGCCAAGCACAAGGCUCUCAAUCCGGACAAACCGAUGCAGGCGACGGUACAGCUGUCCGUGCUGUACCCACCGGGCGCGCCAUACAUCGAGGGCUACACGCAGGGUGAAACACUGCGCCGUGGCCAGAGCGUGGAACUGAUUUGCCGCAGCCGGGGCGGCAAUCCGCCGGCCCAGCUGAUUUGGUACAAGAAUGGCGUCCAGGUCCGGAUGGCGUACCGGACGUCCGAGCGGCUCUCGGAGAACAUCUACUCGUUCAUCGCCGAGGCCGGCGACAAUAAGGCCAAGCUGCGCUGCGAGGCGAACAACAUCAUGGCGAGCGCGCCCCUCAAGACGGAGGCGACGCUAAGCGUGCUGUUCGCCCCAACGCACGUCACCAUAUCCGGUCCAUCGGAGGCUCGCGUUGGCGACCGCGUGCCAUUACAGUGCCAAACGGCCCCAUCGAAUCCACCAGCCGAGAUCAAAUGGAGCGUGGGUGGCCACCAGGUGAAAAAUGCCACCUCGCGCACCAUCGAAAGCCCGGAAGGCGGCUGGAUAACGACUUCGAACAUCACAACCCCGGUGGACACGGACAAGCGCUCGCUGGUGGUCAUCUGUCACGGGCUCAACAUGCAGCUCACGGAGAAUGUCGUCUCGACCCACACGGUCAACAUCCUGCUGCCACCGAGUCCACCGAUAAUUUCCGGUUACGUGGAAGGCCAAAUCAUUCCGGCCGGAUCCGUGCAGAAGCUGCUGUGUGUUUCCUCCGGGGGCAAUCCGCUGGCCACGCUCACCUGGUACAAGAAUGAUAAGAAGAUAAACUCCGCCAUUAAAACGGUGGACAAAUCGGUCUCGGCGGAGCUGACUAUCCUGGCCAACGUGACCGACAACCAGGCUCGCUAUCGAUGUGAGGCCCAAAAUUCGGCCACCGAGAUUCCACUGUUCGAAACGAAAACCCUCAGUGUGCACUUUGCACCCGAAACCGUGAAGAUAACGAUCGAUCCGCCCGAGUUGAAGCCCGGCGUGGAGGCAACGCUAAUCUGCGACUCCAGCUCCAGCAAUCCACCGGCGAAAAUAUCCUGGUGGCGCGACGGCAUCGCAGUGCAAGGUAUAAAUAACUCGUCCAAACCGGGCCUGUGGGGAGGAACCGUGUCGUCACUGGAGCUAAAAGUAAACAUCACUCAGGAUAUGAACGGAAAUGUCUAUACGUGCCAAAGUUCGAACGAGGCGCUGCAGCGCAGUGUGCACGAGGCAGUCAAUUUGCAAGUGCUAUAUCCGCCCAAAUUCUCGCCGCCUCCAUCGUCCACCGCCGUUGGGGUCGAGGGCGAAUCGCUAACCGUCGCCAUGGUAGCCACCGGUAAUCCCAUGUCCAUCGCCUACACCUGGACCAAGGACGGCCAGCCGAUACUAUCGUCCGGUGUCCAACGGAUCGUUUCCGAGGGUCCCAUCCUGAACAUUACCAAGCUGACACGGAACGACGCCGGAAUCUAUACGUGCGAGGCUGUCAAUUCCCAGGGCGCGGCGAUGAUUAAUAUCACAGUUGUGGUUGAGUAUGGCGCAUCGAUAAAAUCCAUCUCCGAGAACGUGAUCGUAAAUCCCGGCGAGGAUGCAAUGCUUUCAUGCACCGUUGAAGGCAAACCAUUGAACGAGGAACACAUUCGAUGGGAACGAAUCGGGUACGACAUGACGAUAAAAACGUCCACCACGUAUGCCAACGGAACCAGCUAUCUGCACAUCAAGGAUGCACGGCGCGAGGAUGUUGGCAAUUUCCGCUGUAUAGCCGAUAAUCGCGUUGCGAACCCGACCAGCCGUGAUGUUUUAUUGAUUGUGAAAUUCAUUCCCGAGAUUGAUAAAUCUCCACCGAUGCUCCGCGCGGCAGCCAGUGCCGGUGAGCGUGGCCGUCUUCCCUGCCGAGCCCAGUCGGCGCCCCGUCCCAAGUUCUACUGGUCCCGAGCCGGUCAGGGCCUGAACGUAAACCAAACGGCAAAAUACUACGUCGAGAACAAACAAAUCGACUCGUUAACGUACGAAUCGAUCCUGCUCAUCGAACGGGUCGCCUCCAGCGACUAUGGACUGUACGAGUGCACCGCACGAAACGAACUCGGAAGUGUCAAGGAAAGCGUCCGGCUGGACGUCACCUCGCCGCCCGAUUCGCCGCUCAGUUUGAACGUUCUGAACGUGACCCACGACACGGUAACGCUCGCAUGGACCCCAGGCUUCGACGGCGGAAUGAAGGCGAACUAUCGAGUGCGAUAUCGGGAGGCCAACAGCGACCACUACCGGUACGAGGAUAGUCUUCCAAACUCGCACAAACUGACCAUCACCGGGCUGCGGAUGAAUACGCUGUACGCGUUCUCGGUGAUGGCCUCGAAUGCACUCGGUUCCAGCAAGUAUCUGCCCGAUUUGACCCGAGCUCAAACGAAAGACACCCCUCCGUCUCAGCCAGCUUCCUCCCUCGGAAGUAAACCCUCGACUGGUCCCCCACCGUCCACAAUUGGAGCGUCCGGCCUGUUGCUCCUGAUAGGUGUCGCUGCCGGUAUUUGCCUGGUUCUGCUCAAUAUCCUGCUCAUCGGAUGCUGCAUCCAUCGGCGCACCAGCCACAAACGGGUGAAAAGGGGACCCGAACCGAUGCCGUCGGAGCUGGCGGAAAAGGCGGAACUUCCGAGUUUUGUCAUUUUCUGCAUCGCCCUCGCCGGCCUCUGCCUGCUGGUGGUGAAUGCCGGCCUGGUCGCGUGGUUCAUCAUCAAGAAGCGAGCCAAAGAUUCAUCCAAUCAGAACAGCAAAUCCGCCACCAUCGAGAUGUACGCCCCAAGUUCAUACAAUGACACCGUUACAGGCGAAACACUGUCCAGCGUGUCGGAGAAGAGCGAUUCCUACUCGAACGAUGGCAGUCAGCCCGAUUACAUGGAUGAAACCCGCAAGAAAGCUGCCUCUACAUAUCUGGUGGAGAACUCGGAUAUGCCGCCACCACGCUAUCAGAAAGAUGGCACUCUGCCCCACUAUCCAAACAACAUCAAUGCAGCUCACACCCGCACUUUGCCUCACCCACGGCACAAUAAUGUCGGUUACGAGCCGCGAAGUCGCGACGAUCAGCUGAUAGGGAAGAGCAACUACGUCACAGCACCGUCCCCGGGACCCCCACUGGAUGGGUCCUAUUACAACAUGAAUAGCGACCGGUACCUGUCCUAUCCACCAAUGGACUAUCCUCCGAUGGAGUUCUCGACGCCACCACUUCCGGUGAUACCGGCACUGCCAACCAACACGAACGGUACGCUGCGGAGGGGUACCCGAGCGAUGGUUCCCCCACCGGAUGUGACGCACCACACGCAGCAUACGGUCAAAUCGAUGCACGACAGUUCCGCCUCUUCGGGUGGACUGAUGAACAUCUCCCAGGUAUCGCAAUCGACACCGAAGCAGCCCCAAGGUAUCCUGAAGGAUCCGAACAAGCGCAACCAACAGCAGCAGCAGCAGCAACAACAACAACACCAGCAGCAGCAGUCCGGUGGACAUCCCCAGCCAGGGAUGAACCACCUGAACAGCAUCGGCGGGGGACUGCAAAUGCUGGGCAUUCAGAAUCCCUCACCCGUGCCAAUGGGCGGUCCCGGCCUGAUGCCCGUCAGCGGAGGCUCGCUGGUGGCGGGAGGCAGUAGUUUAGGUAACAAUUUGCUCAUUGGAACGUACGAUCCGAGCAGUACGAAUCUGAGCUCUUUCAACGCGUCGCUCGGUUAUACGGACGCCGACGGACACCUAGUGUAGGCAGUUCUUAAGAUAAUAAUUACUAAAUUAGUAGUCUAGGAAUUUUUGGUUAAAGUGGAACCCAGCCGCGUUACGAGAGGGAGGAUAUUAACGGGUUGUGUCAAGACGGUCCGUUGUUGGAAACACUGAACUGAAACAAAAAAAAAAUCUAGAACAGAACGGAGAACAAAAGUAAAAAAACACGCUGAGACUUAUGAAAGUUUGCAGAGAGAGAGAGAGAUAGAGAGCAUAGCGAACGCGGAAUGAACAGAAACACAAAGAGAAUUAAGACAAAGAUAAUUCUAUUAAAACAAUCAUUUUAACCUUAACGUAAUUAUUGUAAAGUGAGUUGAAUUGUUGAGUUUAGUCUGGCAUAUGUGCGGGUUGAGAGAGAGUUGAAAAUGUUGAUUUUUGUACACGUUACGUGGAAGUGGCGAUUGAUUUGCUGUUAGUCAUUACCUCCCACACUUUUAAGGCGUUUAAACGCGACGGAAUAUAUGAUCCCCGUUGUGCUGCUUGUUUUCUGCUUCUGUUAAUGUUUUAGAGACGGUGAUAAGCUGGAAUACUGUUACUGCGUUAUGCACCUUGUGACUGAGUAAGUAAGAAUCGAUCAAAGUUGGGAAAUGUUUUUGGUGUCUUCCGAAGGGAGGUUUUCAUUUGCACGAUGAUGAUGAACAAUAAUGCAACUUAAAAAGGGGUGAACAGAAUGUCGGAUUGAGUGAUGCUUUACCUGAAAUACAACGAAAAUAAUCUAGUAUAAGUGAAAGAAAACAGUGAACAGUUUCGAAAAGACACUCGAAAAGAAGAUUGAGCGAGUGGAGUUUUGAACGACCAAGUUAGAACGGUUGUGACGUUUAUAAGGAGGAAAAAUGUUCUUAACAAUGUUCAUCCAGUCAGCGCACCGAUCUUUGUAUCUUCAAGCUUAGAUUAUUUAUCAAUCAAUCGGUCAAGAGGGAGGCGGUCAAAACAAAAUAUCCCUGUUCAUUGCCAUUUUAGGCGAUACUACAAGAUUUCACACUACACCUGAGUAACGAUACGGAAGCUAACCCAAAACUGAAGUAUUCUGAAGUAUUGAGAAUACCCUUGAUGGGAACACGAGUAUGACAAACUUGCCAACUUUUCGACACACAGCCUCACAUGAAAAUUGGUAUACUUAAUUCAUCAGGAACUGCAAUGCUAGUCUUAGCAUUGCCAUCGAGUAUCCUAAUGGUCAAAGUGGCCUAGAUGAUAGAUCCAUCAAUGAAGAUGGGUCUAUUAUCCUGAAAAAAAAAAAAACUGCAAAUACGUAGGUCUUCAUUCACCACCUUUUACACCUUCUUCUUAUCCCCAGCCCUAACAUUUUUCUCUUCAGGAGUGGCAUAGUCUGCAAGAAGGACAAAUCUGAGUCCAACAGGUAUGAGAUUAAAUAUCGAACACAUCGCUACCAGGAACUGAGUGACCGUUAGAAUAUGUGUUUUUACUAGCGGGGCAGUCCUCUAGUACUACUUUCAAGGUUCAAUAGGAUAUCCUAGAUCGCUAGCGUCAAGUUUUACUAGGUAGCUAACGGGUGGAAUCCAAACUAACGCUUGUUCAAAAGCUUCUCUCUUUUAAGUACCAAUUUUCUCAUACAGCUGAGUGGCGUUAUGGGUAAGGGGAAGUGGGGGCAUAGUGGUCCGCCUAAGGAUUAUGCCCAUUUUUUGCGCCCACAUACCGCUUCAAUCCCCGUUUUUUGGAAGAAUAUUGUAGUUCAACUCAUUGUUGUUCAAGAUAGCAAGCGACUUUUACUAUAAAAAUUUAAAAUAGUACAUUUUUCGUCACUGGAAAGAAAGUUGAAAAAUCGAACUUUUUUUUGACCGGGAGGUAAAGUAGUCACUCGCAUAUAUUAUCCUGAAGGGUUAGAUUUAAGCGUUUUUUCGUCCAAAUUUGUUGAAAUCAUUAUUGAAAUAGUAUGAACAUGUAUACAAUUAGCUUGGCCUAUUCACCUAGAGUUGUAAUUUAAAUUUUCUCAUACAUAAAAAACGUAGUAAGAAACACAUUACGUUUCGCAUAAUGGGGCUUGGUUUAGUUGGGGUGGCGUAGUUUUUCCUUGGUCAAAGCCACAAAGGGACCCCUUUAAGAGCAGAAUGUGAUAAGGUAUAUCAGCUUCAGUAAACAGAACAUUGUAAGUCAUUAUCCACCACCAUUGAUCACUUUGCCCCCAAACAUCAAAGUAAUUUAUAUUUGAGUUAAUAGCUAAGAUUGAACACAAUACUUGUUCACCUCUCCUAGAAUAUGUGAAAAGUCGUCCAAAGUAAUGAUUUGUCCAAGAUAUCAGAUUGAAUAAACUAAAUUUCACGAAAAAUUCCUUAGAUACGAUGCGCACAAAACUACGGCCGAAUGGCUAUCGAGAGCGCGAUUUCGGUUUUUAUUUAUAUUUUGACAUGCGACAACCCUACUGAAGUACAGGGUGGCUCAAUUAUCAUUAAAUUCUUCAAACAUAAGGUGACUAUCAAUACGGCAUCUGUAGUCAAUAGUUAUACUAUCAAACAAGUAGGUGACUUCUUUGCCGCCAGUGACCAAUUUACCCCCACUACCCCUAUGCCGUAUGAGUGAUAAUUUCUGCACCAUUGAGCAAUGUCACAUUCUCAAAAAUUUCGGUUUCGAGUCCCUGAGAGUCUUAAACUAUGUUAAUCAUCGAUCCAGACCCACUAGUAAUGUAGCCUGGAUCCAUCUCUGUCCAGGUACGGGUCAAUUUUUGUCUGAGAUUUACUGUACUCGGGUGGCGUUUGGACAGGUCUUAGCCUUCAUGACGCGCCAUACCGAGUAAUCCAGCGGAUUAUUUCAAAAUUUUAUCAUACUGCUCCGAGUGAUUGUAAACAAACAACGCUUCAAUUUAUUUUUAUAUAGUGCAGGGACUCUCAAACUAUUUUGGACAAUUUCCAUUUCAUUCAUUUUCCAGAAUGAAGUGAUAGCAUCGACCCCCAAUGUCCUGGAAAAAAGGUAAUGAAGAUGGUCGAGUUUCGAGCGACAUAGCAUGCGCUGCCAUAACUAUUUCGCAAAUAGUGACGUCAGUCGUUGUGUUUGUAUUUGAUUGCCCACCGCAUCCAUGUAAAAAUGCUAUUUUCAGGAAGUAAAUUAUCAAUUAAAGACGUACAUUUUUGUAGAGCUCCCGCUGAAUAUGAGGCUAAUGUGAUAGCGUGGAGUGAAUAUUUGUGAAAUCACGUCGAAAAAGACAGAUAAAGGUGAUAUUUCCAAGUGCCAGGGGAUUUUUUCAGAUGUUUUCACUUUGUACGAAAAAAUGUCAUCACAGUCAUAUUGAAGGAAACUAAAAUUCAUAAGUUAAUUUUGGACAAUGCUUGAUAGAUUAUUCAAGGUUUAUAAUAAUUGUUGUAUAUAGAGCAUUCAUUAAACUUACCUUGAGGUUUUGAUGUUUAUUUCAAUAAAUGUGAAAAAUAAUAUACUAAAUUUAGAAAUGAAGUAAUAGAUGUUCUAUGAAGGUGGGCUAAAUAGAUUUUAAUGGCAAAAAAUAUAAUGGAUAACUCUUAUUUGCCAUUUUUUUUUAAAUAACUCAAUUUGUUUAUUUCAUCUUUGAAGUUUUGGCUAAUUAUUGUGAAACGGUAUGUAAACGGAAAACCUUUGAUUGUGAAGUGGUCGUGAAAAACAAGUGAGUGAAUAACACCGAGAUAAAACUCUCGAUUGAUUACUUAUGCCAAAAGUAAGCAAGUGACACUGAUAAAAUGUGAGUGGAUGACCCUAAGACAAAAGUUUUAUUUUUUUGGGCCAAUUUUAUGAAACAAAUAUCUCCGAAAAAUUCACAUACACUAUCAUACUGAAAUGCCUUCACAUACUUUAUAAUAUCUUCAAAAUGUCUUCAAAAUGAAAAGAUGUCUUCAAACCUGGCGUCUCGGGCUAUAGCAUUUUCGGAAAAUGUACAUCCAGGAAUUCCAUACAAACAGCUUUUUCGGUAUAGUGCAAAUUGUAUUUCGAAGAUUCCAUUGUAGAGUUUUAAAAAAUGGCUAAUACAUUCAAUUUGAUGCUAUUUGCAAAAAUGAAAUACUUCUUCUUCUUCUUCUUUUUGGCUUUAAGAGGGUUUAAACUUUUCAGUUCAUUCGCCUCUAAAAAAAUGAAAUACUUUUGUUUUCUAAUUUCGCUCAUGUUAGGAAAAAUCUCAUGUAAAGUUGUAUUUUUUUCAAAAACAUUUUUCAUAAAUUGCUCCUCAUAUGAUUUCUUUCAGUAGUUAAAUCAACGGCAUCACUGUGACCAGUGUAUGACGUGAUGUGAUGAGUGAUGACGGAUGAAAACUUAACGAUUUCAUCACGUUUGAGUUGCCUCAAUGUGCAGAACUGAGUUGGAGAUGCGGUUGACAUAGAUCGGGUUGCGGUUGCCCAAUGUGUAGAAGGCCUAACAUUUUCCAUUGUUUUAGUUGUUUUAAUCAAUAAAUCUGGAAAAUGUCGAAGCGAAAAGUGCUCACGGAGAGAUAAGAAAGACAAAUCGAUGUACAGUCAAUCGCAAAAUUAAGUAUACACCCCGUGUUGGUUAGUUAUUUUUGAGUUUUUCGGGGUUAAAAUGUAAAUAACUAAAAGCGACUCAUGUUCAUCGUAAAAUCGAUCGUUUUCACUCUCAUGUAGUGAUAAGAUAAAAAUUAAAAUGGUCACAUUUCUACUUCAUGUGUGAAAAACAAACAAAAAAUCUUCGAUUCAGACGUUGCAAAAUUGAGUGUACAGUUCAAGUUUUUCUUAAAAAGAAAAUUGAAAUCAGUUCAGAAAUGUUAACAGAUAACAAAAAUCAAUCCCCUAGUAUUUGGCAUGACCCCCCUUUGACGUCCAGCACUUCCUGCAAGCGACGAGGCGAGAUGUCUGUUCACUGUAAACGGAAGUGCCUCCCAGAUCUUCUUAAUCGUCGUUUCGAGUUCCGCUUUGUUCCCUGGACUUUUAUUCUUCAGAUGGUUCUUGAUUUCCCACCAAAGAAACUCAAUAGUGUUGAAGUCCGGUGAUUUCAGAGGUGUUUUGAGUUUAUUGGGACAUUAUAGAGCAGUUAUUCCCGCAUGUUGAGGUCAGUUUGCUCCGGGUCAUCAUUCUGUUGAAAGUUCGAGGAUGUUUAAUGAACCCAUCUUGUCCAUCGCCAUCGAUAAACUCCAUGGUUCCAGUUCCAGAAGCCGCCAUCGUACCAUACAUCAUUUGACUACUGCCACCGUGUUUUACUGAGGGAACCAAAUGCUGAAUCUGAAGCACCAGUUCUGGUUUCCUUCGCACUACCUGUCCUUCAUCCGAUUCAAAGAGAUUGGUUUUCGUCUCAUCCGUAUAAAGGACCUUGUUCCAAAACUCCUCAGGUCAGUUUACAUAUGCCUUAGCAAAAUGUAGUCGUUUUUUCGUCGUUGAGAUGAAAGACCUCUCAGAUUGUUCCUGUAUGCUGCUCUCCGGACAGUGUCUGUGCUGACAGGUCUUCCAAUGAUGCCGACUACUUCGGUAGUCAAUUUAGGAAUGUUUGUUUUAGAGUUCUUUCGGAAUGUACGCACAAUUACUCGUUCAUCAUCAGAGGAUGUGUCUUCUGCUCGUGAGAUUUGCAACUAUUCCUUCGUAUUUCCACUUGUUUGUGAUUUUCUUUGCUGUAUAGUGGGUUCUUCCGACUAUAUCUGCUAUUUCCUGCAAUGUCUUUCCACGACAAUUCAUACUUAUUAUCACUGUACGUGUAACAAUAUCUCUUUCUUUUCUCUUACUUGCCAUUUUGAUAAAAACUUUUUCUAACAUCAAUAAAAAACAAAAACCAACACUGCCCAAGCAAUGUUGACACCAAUCACUGACGAAAAAAAGAACGCUAAUUCGCAAAGAUCUUACUUACAAGGUUAAUUUGUUCGGAGAAAUUCAAGGUGUACACUCAAUUUUGCGAUAGACUGUAUUUCACCCAGAAAUUGUUGGUUUCAUAGAAACUGCUCGUCGGAUUGGACGAUUCCGUCAAGUAGUGCUCAAUUAAGAAGAAGAGAGCUCCACGUAAAUCGAAGCUCUUUGACCGGGAUAAGCGGGGAAUAGUUAGAAAAGCUUCGAAUUCCUCAAAAUCGCUUAUGCAAAUAAAGCAAUCUUUGAAUUUAAAUGUUCCCCGGGAGACAGUUCGUCAAAUUUCGUUAAAAAGUCCUUUCAUAAAGAGGGCCAAAAAAGUUAAAGCUCUUAACACUCCUGUACUCGCGCGAAAAAUCGUAACUCGUGUACUCACAGACUGUGCACGUCUCUGUAAUAUUACUAUUGUGUAUUUCAGGCGUUGUUGGUAUUUAUCAAAAAAAAAAGAUAUAAUUUAAUUGAAAUAAGUUCAGAAACAAUUUUUUUUACUUCAUUCAGUUUUAAUAGCCAUUUAAGUCAGCCAUCGCAUUCAUUCUCGGUCGAUCAGACCUAAGCGCGAGUAUAGGAAGGUUAUUAAUCUUACACCAUCUGACAUCGAAAGACGUCUGAGUUUUGCCAAAGCUUGCAUGAACCGACAGUGCGACAGUCUUCAAUGUGAGACGGAUUUUUUUCAUUUCUGUACCGGGGUGUAGGUUCAAAGUUUCGGAAGCGAGAGAGUGACGCUGGACUGCAAGGUUUUGAACGUUAAUACCUCUUCACCGGCUGAAUGGAGUGGUAUAAUAAUCACUUCAUCCGAAAGAUAAAAUGUCAAAGGGUUAUAUGAUUGUCGCUUAUUGGUCUAAAAAACGUUUCAAUAGCUCAAAAAUUGCUUUGAAAGCAAGCUAUUGAAGUCAUAACAAUCUAGCUCAUUGAUGAUGAUUGGUGAUCGCAAUGUGUUCCCGAACACCGAUGCAAAAAUCUAGGCACCUGGAGAUACCGUCAUAGCGGAUACAUGCAAGCUGUGAUUUCAUUUGCUCGCUUGCAUUAGUUUUUGGGAAACCAUAGCGGACAGAUGCAAGGCGUGAGUACAUUUACUCGCAUCAGUUUCUGUUCUACUUUCGCAUGGAACCGUCAUGAAAAAUUGUUUGCGUGUGAAUGCGUCCGAGCGGAAGAAUAUUCGCACCCAUUUCCGCAUUCGACUUGAUGUUCCCGUGAUGCAAUUCAAUAGCAUCAGUUUCUGUUCUGCUUUCGCAUGGAACAGUCAUGAAAAAUUGCCACAUCACGAUAAAAACGAAAUGAAUUUUAUGUAAGGUUAGAUAGACUUUGUUUCAUUUUCACCGUGAAAUGACGCCCUCAGUUUCUAUUCUGCGCAUGGAGUGAUAAUGAAAAAUCUUGUGUUAUUCUCACGAAAACAAAAAUGGAUCUCGUAUCAAACAUCUUCAGUUGCUUUUACAAGGCAACUCAAAUUCCAUCGGUUCGUUUCGGGACCACCAACAAGUUCGAAAGAAGGAAUUUUAUGUUAAUAACAAUUCCAUCCUUAUACUCAUCCACCCACACACUAAAAAGAAAAACUUUCAUCUUUCAAAAUAUUCUUUCAUUCAUUAAGAUUUUUUUUAUUUAUUCAAUCGUUUAUUUUUACAGGCUCAAUAACAUAAGUUUGAAGGAGCCAGACUCUUAACUAUAUUUUAACUAGAAUAUACUAACAUAUUUCCUUAAUUCUAUGGUUAAUAAUAUAGGAAACCGAUUACUCGCGGUCGACUCGAGUUUAGAACGGUGACACAUUUUCAUUAGGAAAAGGAUGGGGUUUAAGGAGAUUGUAACAAUGUUCACCUUUAAUUAAUUGAUUCAGAUGCAAUUUCAAAUAAAUGAUUACCGAGCCAACGGUAGUCCUACGUCUACCUUGCGGUUAUAUCACAGAUAUAACCCACUUCUUGUUUUUUCACUAUUAACUUCGCUAAAUUAUCAUCAGUGACGAAAAAAGUUAAAUUUUAAUGGCCCGGAUGGUUUUAAUGGGUACUGGCGUAACUUGCGGAAGGAGGAACAGCAUUUUUGAACCUGGAACUUUGGUGGAAGCAAGUGCAUGUUUUGGGUGGUAUUCUGUGUAACCGGAAAACUCAAGAUAGCAUUCUUGAUGAAAAGCAAGGAUUACAUACAUGUUCUGGAAUCCUCUCUCCUACCGUUUUUAUGUAGAUAUCGUCGCAAAAAAAUCACAUUUCAGCAAGACAAUGCCGUCAUUAAUACCAGCAAGGAAACUAAGCAAUGGAUUAAAGAUUAAAUACUUGCCUGGCCAGCUAGUUCCCCAGACUUGAAUCCCGUUGAAAAUCUUUGGGGAUCCGAGUAUGCAGAAUCUACACUGAAGAAAAGCAGUACACCACGGUUGAUGAACUCAAGGCCGCAAUUUCGGAUACAUAGGAAAAUUUCGAGAAAUCCGUUCUGCAAAAUUUGGUAAAUAGUAUGUCAAAACGAAUUUAUUUUGUUAAAAUUCUAACUGUUUGCGAUACAGCAAAAUAUAUUCAAGGUGGUCUUAUAAAAGUUGGGCAGAGUGUACUUAUCACGCAUACGGCAUAAUCGCUGACACAAGAUAUUUUUUUCCUUGAACCUAGGGAUUGGUAUGAGAAUCCCAGUCAUUCACACUUUGAGAAUGCUACCGCAUAUCCAUACAUAAAGAUCCAUUGAUGUGACGUCAACAAAAGGGCUUAUCUUCAGCCAUUCCAAACCAACUCGGUAUUUUUGUAGAAAUCGACCAGGAAUCAUCGAAUCAAAUAACACAAUGAAGAACUUCGUACGAAAUUUUAUAUUUAUGAAGUGAUAAUUAAAAUAAUUAAUUUUAAUUAUCUAUUGCGGAAUUCUUUCAAGGAUUGUUACAGUCUAUUCAAAUUUAAUUUUCUAUUUUCUCAUACAGUCCAGAAAUAAGUGCAUACAUUUUGGUCUUCCUUCUAGACAUUUCUUCGAAAUUUAUGAAUAAAGCUGGCCAGAAUGACAGCAUGUCAUUGCCGUGACUUGUAUUCAACAAACUUAACUGUAGUUUCUGGUGCGAUUUUGUUCCACUUAGUUGCAAUGACAGGGUCUUUCAGAUUAAACGCUCACGCAACAACUUUUAAUAACUUCUACUAAAGUGAUCCGAUUUUUAUAUUAAUAAAACGAAAAUAAAGCUUAUUUUAGGACAUUUUCGAUGACGAUGACUUUUUUCGAUAACGCGUUUUAAACGGUGAACAAAAUUCUUCAUGCACAGCUCUAACAUUAUGACUUUGAUGCUGUUGAAAGUUCCUCCCCAAUUUUGUGGCUUUUUAACGGUCCUUCACGUACCCACAGAGGAAGUAAUCGACGAUGAGAAAUGGUGAAAUUCUUACCAUAAGAGGAAAAAGUUUCAUUAAGGCUUCGGUUGCUCGAGUAAUACGAUUUCACUAAAAAUACACGUUCUUGUAAAUUGUACAUCUUGACGCUAAAAACCAUCCGAUCGGACUGAACGAGUAGCCGAAUAUUAUCGUCCCGAAGAGGGGAAUGCAGUGUUACCAACGACGGAGCAAAAACAAAAUUAUGAGGAGCUAUCCGAUUCUUUUGCGUGAGCGUUCAAUCCCUGAAUCCCUGAGCGUUUAAUCCCUGACCAAUACAUGCAAUAAAUAUAGUUAACGUAAUCCUACGUUAACUAUGCGGUCAUAUCUCGGACACGACUCUUCAACUUUUUUGUGUGAUUUUGAACUAUUUCCAUCAUCCAUCUACAGAGUUUGUUCGGUGUGAGUCUACUAGGGAUAAGUUUCGGAAUUGUUUUAUGUCGCAGUAAUAAAUCAAAGUUACUUCUGCGUGUAAUGGUCAUUUGACAUGAAUCCUGAAAUUUCCCGAUUUAAUUCUGGUAAUUUUGUUCGAUGAAAUCCUUUGUAUUGAUAUUCUUUCCAGUGAUCAUGGAAUCAACUGAAGAUAUGCCCUAGUAUCGCAUUUGACAACAUAAAAAUUGGUACCAGUUGUAACUGUAAUCUUAUUGAAAAUUCUAUUCAAGUUUUUCAUUGAAUAACUUCAAAAAUCAGUUUUCCUGUAAACACUUUUUUUUCUUGGUUAUAUAAUUCAUCUCUCCGUCUGGAAGACACCAAAAAUUGUUAAUCACGCGCAAACAUCGAUCACAUAAUCCUGAUUGGUCUUGAGAGAAUAAUAUUCCGCUCGGAAAACUUGUUGAGAAAUCCAAAUUAAAGCGCCUCAUUAAGUAAUAUUUAUUUGUUAUCCAGAGAAAGAAAAUCAUAUAGUUGGGGAGUCACAAAACGAAAUCACAUCCAAAUUAUAGCUAAAGAAAGGUUAAGCAAGCAAACAUAACGAAAUCAAAUCCCCGUUCGUCGCAACUAAGUGAAGCUUCAAGCUUAUCCAAAUGAGCAAACAAACAAAAACAAAACGAACAGAAACAGAUGUCUCCCGUGUGAGCAAAACAAACAAACACACAUCCAAACAAAACAAAAAUCAAGUCAACAAAGAGUGAAAUAAGAAUAAUACAAUUUUAUGUGUAUACACGUCUCUGUGUCCGUUUGUGCAAAAACAGAUUAAUACAUUAGAAGAAUCGGGAACGAAGGGAACGUGACGUUCGUUGUGAUGCGCGGAGUCCAGGAGUGCGAGAAAAAGAAUGAAUAUGAAACAAAAAACAAGUACUCACAUUAUGCCAAUUAUUAAGUUUAAAACGAGUUUAAAACAUUUACACAAACACACACACACAUACACACUGGCAGCGCGAGCAGGCGAGGUUGGGAGAAAAAUGACACGAAAAUUAAACACUGUAAAUAGCAUCCAAACUGGCAAACUCGAAGCUAAGAGAUAAUGACAAAAAAUGUAAAUCAAGCAGGUGAAACAAAACGCAUGGCGCCAGUCGCCAAUCGCAGCAGAGAAGUAUUUUAUUUAUAGAUAAAGUCAUUAAAGAAAAUAAAAUAAUUGAUUUUUUAAUCUUUGCGGAAACAAAACAAUAGGAAAUUAAAGAAUAGCGAAAGAGAAUGAAGCGAAGGCAGAAAUGCGCACGCGAGGAGGACAGAAAGUGUAAAUAUUUCUUGUAUUAUAUUAUCGACUCUAUAAGUAUAACAGAUAAAUACUUUCAAAAAGUUUUUAAGAGGGAACGAGAAACAAAAAUUUAUAUACAUGUAUUAUACUGAUCAACAGAGAGGUUUGAUUUGAACUUUCCACCUGAUCGCAAAACAUGCUGAUCUGUGACAAGAAGAAAGAAACCCGUAGAAAAAAAAAUCACAACAGAGGAAUAAUAUGAGGUAUCAGGGAUUAAUUCACAUAAAAAACAGGUCAGAUUCUCAUCAUGUAUGAAUUUGCUACCACGACAUCAAGAGAAAAAAAAAGUAACAAAAGUAAAACGCAGCAUUUAUGAUAGUCAAUUUUCCCUACCCCUUGAAACAGUUUCGGUUGAAUUUCAUGAUAACUUACUCUUUCUCUCUCGUAAGGAAGACAACAAACAUGAUUAGCGAAUUUCUUAUCUUCUUAGACAAUAAUGAAUUAACCAAAUAAAAAAAAGGAAAAAGAACGAGCGACAGAGGAAACGGAUCAAGAAGCUAUCCAAGCAUACAAAUGAUGAGUCCAAUGUUGGGAGCAAGAUUGGAACCGUUUUUAAAAACAGCGAACAGUUUGAGAUUAGUUCAACCGACGUUUUAACAUGACUUGAGUUUUCAAAACGCAGCAGCAUCAGCAGCAAAAAAACACUCAGAUUCAAAUACCUCAAUUUGUCACAGUCUAGAGAAAAAUGGCCCGAGGAAGACAUGCCACUCACACAAUCAAGCAAACGAAAAACGCGAAAACCCCUUUACCCCUUUUUUAGACAGUCGUUAUUUGUAAAUAGCGCUCGCGAGGGCACAAAACAAACGCAAAUGCAAAAGCAUCUCCAUCAAAUGAUCUGCCAAAGAGAAACAUUUUUAAAAAUGUUGACAUUUUAUUUUUAAUUGUUUUGUGUGAACGAACCGCAAACGAAGCGAACACAUUUUAAUUUAAGUCGUUUAAGCAUUUUACAUUUAGUCACUACGUUUUAAGCAGUACCUCUACUCUACUAGUUUUGGAAUAGAUAUGCUGAGCGGAACGGGAGCUUAACCGUACUAAAAAUACUCGUAUAGCAGACGGCGUCCAAUUCGCUGGUUUUAAGUUUUAAACUAUCGCGACUAACACUCGAACCCUACUCGAAGGAGAAUUAGCCUUACAUUGAUUAAUUUAUUGCCUUCACACGAACUCUGCGCUAAGCCGCGGAUAAGUUUUUGAUUUUUCGAAAUGAUCUCACAAUCUGACCGCAGACCCCAUACACAAACACACACAAGUGCAGACCUUUAUCGGUUAGUCGAUUCAUUACAUCAAAUAUACGAUCCGAUGAAUUGGAGCGAAAGCAACAAUUCUUGUUAGAUAGUCAAAUGAACAAAAUAAAAAAAAAUCAAUAACCAACUCUACACACUGAAACGAAACACGAACACAAUCAAGAAGAAACGUUGAGCCAAAUUAGGUGAAAGAAGAAAUGCAAAAGUUUCCCCUCAUAACUUUCAAUUUCAAAUGUAAAAAAAACAUCAUUUGUAUUUAUUUUACUGGCCACCCAAGCAAUUCCUACAAUUCACAAUCCUUCAUCCCAGAAAACCACACUCACACAUACUGAGAAAACAGAUACAACAGCCCAAAAGAGAGAAAAGAACAAACCUAUUGUACAGAAAGCGUAUGAAUCGAACACAUUUUCUAAACAAAUUGGAAAACGGAAGAGCCCGGCGGCUGAAAAUGCGAAAUUGUAAAAACAAACCGACAGACAGACAAAAAAAGGGAUGGUUGAAAACCGCCCUCACGCGCAUAUACGCAGGUAUGACAUAGUUAAAAGUAAGAGCAGAAGAAAGAGGAAGAGUCGUCAGAGAAAGAGAGGAAAUAGUCGGAAGGAGAAGAAAAAAAAACAAAUUUUCUGUCAAGUAU